AUGCUUGGCAAUCCAGAUGCACACCUGCUUGCUGACACUUUGAGGGAAGUCGAUUUCUUUUUAAAGCUUGACCAUCCUAAUUGCCAUUUUCUCCUUGGCGCCAAAACUACUCUGGAGAAUGGUGGCAUAAUGCUUUUGACGGAGAUUUGUGAAAGUGGAUCGCUUUUUGAUUGUUACUCGACGAAAAGGCUUCGAUUUGAUCGUUGUACAGCCUGGCGGAUCAGCAAGGAAUGUGCCCUGGGAUUCAAGGUCAUUCACGAUAUGGGCUUCAUGCAUCGAGACAUCAAAUCCUUGAAUGUGUUUAUGACCAAGGAUAUGGUUGCCAAGGUCGCAGAUUUUGGUAUGUGUACCAAUAAUCCCACCGCAACAGACCCCAUGGGUACACCACAAUGGAUGGCGCCAGAAGUGAUAUCGAACAUGCUUGGAAUCAGAUGUCCAUACAACAAAAGCUGUGACAUAUACAGCUAUGGGAUACUUGUUUGGGAGACCUUCGUAGCAAUGAUUCCGUAUGCCAGCACAGGACUUAAUCAAUCGCAAAUCGCCAUGCAAGUUUAUCGAAGCAACAUCCGGCCACCGAUGAUCAGCAGCCUCCCUGCAUCCAUCAAGUCUCUCAUUGCAGAGUGCUGGGAUAAAAACCCUCAUCAUCGACCAAAUUUCGAUACGGUAUGUCUUUUGUUUCAGUUUGAGUUCCCUUGA